AUGGAAAGUACAGAUACAAUUCAUCAAAGUAUCAAUGUUGCUGAAUUUAUAUCAGCUUGCGUUUAUCUGGCCGAGGAAUCUGGUAAAAUUAUCAGAGACGUAUGGAACUCUGGAGUACUUGAUAAACAGUCAAAGGCUCAUGAUAUGUCUCCAGUGACUAUUGCAGACUUAAGAGUUUAAAAGAAUAUUAAUGAAAAUCUUCAAAAGCUUUUUCCCACCCUGACUAUUGAAGGUGAAGAAGAUAAGUCAACUUAUGAUAAAUAUGAGGCUACUAUUAGAACUGAAGAUAUUUCUCUUGACUUCAUAAACUCAGAAUUACUAAAUGAAGCAAACGCAAACAGAUUAGGUUAUCUUGAAUCACUAAAAGAUAUUUAUGGAGAAGAGACCUUUGCUUAUCCAUUCAAUUAAUUUAGCACAGAAAAAGCUAUAGUUUGGAUUGACCCUCUAGAUGGAACUUCAGAGUUUGUUAAGGGAAACCUCUCUGCUAUAACAAUUCUCAUUGGACUCUCAAUAGAUGGAACUUCCAAAAUUGGAAUAGUCCACUAUCCAUUUAGUCAUGAGGAUCCUGAACUUGGUAAAACUAUAUUUGGCUCUCUGGAACAUGGUUGCUUUAAAUUAAUUUCUAAUGCUAAGCUUGAUUAUCUAUGGCAUAGAGAGAGAACUUUAGAAACUAUAGAAUCUUUUUCAUAAGCUGAUAUGCCAUCCUAAGAUUAAAUUUUGAGAAUAACUACAACAAGCAAUCGCUUUACUGAGGAAAUCUAGAGAUAGCUAAAUUUAUGUGGACCAAUUGAGAUAGUAAAAUUGGGAGGUGCUGGUAAUAAAUGCUGCAGUGUAGCACUUGGCUUGGUUGAUGCAUAUAUAGUCCCUACAUAUGGAAUGAGCUAUUGGGAUCUUUGUGCACCAGAAUGCAUUAUAAAGGGAAUGGGUUGCUAGGCAAGCAAUAUUCACUGUGGUAAAUUCACCUAUCAUCAGUAAAAAGAUAAGUAAAUCAAGGGAGUAAUAAUUGCAAAGAAUUCUCAUUAUUACUAAUUGAUUGUAAAUAGAUUUCAAAAGACAAACUUUCUGAAAAUUUUGUGA